UCUUGGACCAGUCGCUGGCCAGAGCUGGCAGUAACAUCCACACUGUCGGCAGAGCUUCACUGCAGAGCAGCUCAAGUGUCGUCCCGGGCUCUUAAACAGACCGGCAUCUGCUGUGAGGCCUGAUUCAGCCAUGACCAGAAACCUGUUGAAGAAUCCUGACGGUGAAGAUAAUUUGGAAUUCUGGGAGUUGACAGAGAACGGUGGGAAUGAGUGGAAGGUGGAGGACAUGCCCGGUGACUGUGGCCAUGACUUCAACGGCGAUGUGACCAAAUACUUUGCGACCUCUUUUCAUCUGUGCCUGAAGAGACAGGUCAUCGACCUGAUAGAGGAGGGCUACUCUGCUGACCAGCUGGACAACCAGCCUGCCGUCAAAGUGGAGGACUGGUACUGCGGGAGGACAGACUGCGGCUGCACGUACCAGAUCACUGUGUGUCUGUUGGACGAAGGUCACGAGAUCUUAGACGAGAUGAAACUUGAGCAGGUGACCCUUGACCCGGACACAGACGACUGCUCGUGGAAGCAGGUCCAACAUACAUUCUCCGACUACGGUCCAGGCCUGCGCUUCAUCUCCUUUGAACACGGGGGUCAAGAUUCCAGAUUCUGGGAGGGCUGGUUCGGCGUGAGAGUCACAGGGAGCUCUGUCACCAUCGAGACCACUCCGUAAAUCAGUUUGGAAGCGGUGGCAUGUGGAUGUAGCUUAAUGAAAUACCACUGUAGGAAACUUUUGCUUCUAUUACGAACACCAUCGCAUCUGAAAGGGUCUAAAACAUCUCCCCUGCAAACACUAGCUCCUACCUCUAUGCACAGGCGCUUCCUGUCCUGCUUAAUGAUGCAUUAAAAAGCCUGAAAUGAGUUUCUAACUUCACUUGAAACUAUGUUUAGUGUCAUUUUACUUGUUGAGAGAGUUGCAAAGGAAAAUAAACAUGUACUAAUGACAGUACUGAGAGACACAUGAGGAAAAUAUGUUGUGUAUUCUUGUGUGCUUUUAUUCUAGGUGCUUUGCUCCCAUAGAACUAUUGUCCGUAGAUGUCAGCAUGACAGCUGCGGAUUACUUCCUGAGCACAUGGUCCUCUGAGCUCUCUUGAAUGAAAAUGUAACUUUUAACACAAGCAGAAAGAGAAUGGGAUACGCCACUUACACAAUAACAUUCUUUAUUUGUUGGUCAGUUUUGUAAACUGAAGUAAACACUGAUUGUUGUAUCAAAAUAAAGUAUCUAAUAAAUACAUAGAUAUAUCGUACAGCA